AGGUAGGAAGAGGGCCCUCGCCAAAGGAAUCGAUCAGCUGCGUCUCAGCAGGAGGCAGAGACCCUGCUCCCUGCCGUCCUGGGGCCAGGAUGGGGCAGCAGUUCAGCUGGGAGGAGGCGGAGGAGAAUGGCACGGUGAACGUGGCGGAGCUGCAGGAGUGGUACAAGAAGUUUCUGGAGGAGUGUCCCAGCGGCACGCUCUUCCUGCACGAGUUUAAGCGCUUCUUCAAGGUCACGGACAACGAGGAGGCCACCCAAUACGUGGAGGGCAUGUUCCGAGCCUUCGACAAGAAUGGGGACAACACCAUUGACUUCUUGGAGUAUGUGGCAGCUCUGAACCUUGUGCUGAGGGGCACCCUGGAGCACAAGCUCAAGUGGACCUUCAAGAUCUACGACAAGGACCGCAAUGGCAGCAUCGACCGCCAGGAGCUGCUGGACAUCGUGGAGUCCAUCUACAAGCUGAAGAAAGCCUGCAGUGUGGAGAUGGAGGCUGAGCAGCAAGACAAGCUGCUCACGCCCGAGGAGGUCGUGGACAGGAUCUUCCUUCUGGUGGAUGAAAAUGGAGAUGGCCAGCUAUCCCUGAAUGAGUUCGUUGAAGGUGCCCGUCGUGACAAGUGGGUGAUGAAGAUGCUGCAGAUGGAUCUGAACCCCAGUAGCUGGAUCUCUCAGCAGAGGCGGAAAAGUGCCAUGUUCUGAGGGCUCCGGGGCCCUAGGAGCCCUCCAAGACUCCAGACUCAGCAGGUUUCCAGAGCAGUGGGAGGGUCCCUGGUUCAAACUGCUUAUGCCCACUCUUAUCCUGGCUUGAACUUCCCGGCAUCCCCUUGCAGGGAGUGGAGCUGAGUGGGGAGGGCAGGGGUCAUUAGUCUGAAAUGGCCAAUAGGGCUGUUCCAUUGGGAGGAUUCAUUGGGUACUGAAGGGACUUGGCUUCCUCUCCCCCUUCAGCUGCUUCUGGGAAAGCUAUGCCUUUCUAGGUGACUGUGGGGUUCCCACAGAUUCCUACCUGGUUCUUAGUUGGAAGCAGGGAGAUCUAGGGGUAGGGGUUCUGUAGAUGAAAUUAGCGAUGAGAAUGCCCACAUAGUGUGAAACUGACUAGUAGAAGGGUGGGGCUGGCAGGUGUUGUUGACGCUGAAGGAAAGGUAGGAACUGGGGAGAAGGGAUGGAUAACAAUUACAACCCGCGAGGAUCCCGAGGACUGUUCUUCCUGCCCUUGGAGGGGGUAGAUUGUACUUAAAGGGGCUGUUUCAGUUCUGCCCUGGUACUGCUCCGCCAGCCCCUUCCAACCCUCCCUACCCAUCAUCCCUCACACUCAGCUCUCCAACCCUGACCCCUAGAAUGGACCCUCCACAAUUCACCAUCCCAAGUCCACAAGCCAAGUAUGUCUCCUUAAAGGAUGGAGGAACCUUUCUUCUAUCUCUGGGGAGAACUGGGGCCUGCCAGCCUGGGUUCUAGGACAGGCUCUGCUUCCAACUCCUGUGUGACCCAUGGCAGGCAUUUCUUUUCCAUGACCUAGGUGUUUUGUCUGCACCAUGAGCAGGCUGGACUCGACAAGCAGUUUUCAGAUUAUUACUUUUUAGAUAUGGGAUUCUUUUUGUUAUACAAUUCUAUGUGCAACCUCCAUACAGAAACUAGAUUAAAAGGCAGUCACUCUGGCAAUCCAUGGGUUAGGACUCUGCACUUUCAUUGCUGAGGGCUUGGAUUCAAUCCCUGGUCAGGAACUAAGAUCCUAUAAGCCAUGCAGUGCAGCCAAAAAAUAAAGGAAAAAAAAAAAAAGGCAGUCACUAUGGUUGCAGGGGGCUGUACUGAGGAACUAAAAAAAGAAAUCCAUGCGAAUAGAUAUGUUUUUGUGUUGAA